GGCAUCGUAUAUUUUCCACCUAUUUAUAUAGACAGCUAAUGUAUCCCGUGUCUCGUCAACCAGCCUAUCCGUCCGCUGGGGCUGACGCUUAAUCUCUUACACCUCCAACGCCUUCAUUUUCCAGCCACCUCUUUUUGCUGCACGUCCACGUUGCCUCGCUGCCCAACACCCCGUUCGACCCAUCCAUGUCAUCUUCCAUCUCUCGACCGCUUUUUUCAAAGCAAGCAAUACCAAGGUCUUUUCUUUCACUGUGGAGUCUGUCACUGCAGGAAGGCUUGAUGUACUCCCUGUCAUUGGUCUCUCGCAUUACCACAGCCCGACUCCACCACUUGGACGAAACCCAGCAACGCCAUCACCAACCUCCAUCCUAGCUGCGCCGUCAUCUUUUUUUUUUUCAGUGCUUUUGUUUUCUUCGAAUAUCUCAAUAGCGCGACUUGAACUCCUCUAUUGUUCAAUCAAGAGUCUCCAUCUACCACGGUAUACACAGUGCAUCCACCUUUGAGCGAAGCUCAUAUCAACUCUACGUCACUAUUACUUGAGCUGUUGAAGCCCUGCGCACCAGAACCGUCGAUCAAUUCGAAUACCAGCAAUUCACUGAUACAGCCACGAAAGCACGAAGUCCAACCCAUAACAAUGGCCUCUCAGCAAUGGGAAGAUAUUCCCAGGAGAAAGCCGUACGCACAUCGGCGAACAUCCAGUGACUACGAGCGCUUUGCACCUGACCAACGGCAUUCGAUAGACGGACCACAAGGCCGCAGACCUAACCGAGCCUCCGUGCAGACUACACAUACCGAAGCACCUACAGAAUCAACAUUCAGCCCGCAGUCGCCCGAUGCAUCAAUUGUGCAGGCUCACGGCCUUGCGCCGCGACCGGUCUCCUACUCUCGCGCCAAUCGCAACACUUCCAUUGAUGGUGGCAGCAGGCCCUACCCUCAAACCCAACGCUUUGAACAACAUGCUAUUCCUCCGGUAAGGGGAUCCGAAGACAUCAUCUCUCCUCCUGAGGCACCCGAAAUUCCAGGAGCGCAGGCAACCGCCCAUCAAUAUGCUCACCCAGUAAAUACAUACGCCUACCCUUCUGGUGACGACAUCCGUCAAGCUAUUCCCAGAAGUUCUGCGAAUGCAGCUGGGGAGGUCGUGAGAUCACCUGCGGAAUACUAUAUUAGACCAAGCGGAAAUGCUGCUCCUCAGCGAUACCCGGAACUUGGACCAGGCCCCAUUGGCAGCCAGCCCAGACGAGCAUCUACAAAUACCACGGGUGACCGCCGCAAAAAGUUAACAUCAGAUCGAUCACCACUCCAAAGACUUGAGCUGACGCUCGAUAGUAUGACAAAAGAAGAGAAGCGAGCCCGGAUGCAAGCCGCAGAGCAACGCGCCAGACAACGACAGGCCUCGAAGACAGCAGCCGCAGCAACCCCAGAGGAAUUCCCUAUCGAGGCUAUCCCACACACCGUCCCCAGACAGAGGCAAACGUCUCUACCGGAAACAUCUUUCCAACGAACAGAGCCAGUUCUUGAUAUCCGCCGCAGUCGACAACACGCAGCUCCUCAACAAGUCUCUGUGCCAUCACAGCCUCGACGGGAGGUCGGCGAGCCAACAAGAAAUAUCAGCAGCGCUUCUAGGCAAGCUCAUGAUCUCCCACGCAUAGAUAUUCCAGAAAACACCGAUGCAGGUAUUCCCAAACGAAACUUGAGCUUCAAAGCGCGAGCUGCGAGGGGUGAGAAGUUGGCUUCACCGAUCCGAAUGACUGCAGACAAGACUCAAUAUGACGCCAGACGCUACACAGAUGCUCCAGUCAGAUCAGUUAGCCAUCCCCUGCGACAUGAGCCACCAUUUUAUGCUAGAGAUGAUGAAGUCCAUGAUCCUAGAGCAUACCAGAACGUCGAGCAAUAUUUAGAUCAUGACGAUGACGACGAUUAUGAUUCGUCAAAAAUCCUGUCAGUGCCCAAGCACCUGCUUAAAGAGAAGGAACUCCCUCCUCUCCCUCGGGAUGAGCGCGCCAUCGACCGUCAGGCAGUUAUGCCAGUAGCCAGUUCAGCGGCUGCGAGAGCAGUGGAACCUGCGUAUGAUGAAUUUGGCUCAGUGUCUUCGCCAACAAAUGUGCAAGAAUCACACACUGUCAAUCAAUCCCAACCAAACGUCAAUGUAGUAUCUGAUGCUCCGGUUUCCAGAAAGCUCUCGCCGCAACAGCAAUCAACCAUUACCGGUACCUCCAAGCAUGGCCAUCACAUCUCCAACUUUAUCUUCAAAAGCCCUGAAAGUUAUCGACCAGGUGACGGUCUGUACAACCCACCUCAGUGGUUGGACGAAUGGAAGAAGGCAACUGUCGGACUUCUUUCUGGUACCAUGCUAAACAUAAAUGAGCACGCCGGCGACAGAAAGGCCUGGUGGGAGGAGCCAACGCGUCGGCCCAGCAAGUCGAGCAGCACUCGUCGCAAAGCUGAGGCAUUUGAUGGCGAAUAUGAUGUUGUGGGUGCGUCUACUAGAUUUAAACCACCUCUGUAUGUCAAGUGUGGCCCGCUCCUUCGGUAUUGUGGAAUACGGCGAGAGGCACGACCGCCUCGAACGCAGCGAGUCGGAUCGACCUCUGACCGGGAGAUUUGGCGUGGUAGUGUCAUGAUUGUCACAAAUGACCAGGAAUCAUCGUAUGAGAUCGCCCCCAUACUGCGUCUGUUUGUUCAAGAGGUGGAACUUCUUCCUGCGCCGCCCCAAAAGGUCGAAGGUGAUCUAUCGCCAGAAUAUGUUGACCCCAUUGCCGGUCAUCCCAAGCUUGGCCGACGCGGUGAGACACUAUAUGUUCGUCCUGUUGAAGAGCUGGAAGAAGGCAAAGAUAUUUCACGAGAUGAGACAGACAAUGGGCUCUUUGAAAAAGCUCACAGAUCUUCUGACGAAAAGCCGUUGGAUGGUGCCGCCGACCUACCAGGUUCAUUUACGUCCCGUCGUAAGCGCAUUGGUGUAGACGGCGAAAAGGUACAGAAGUACAGAGAUAUUCGUGGCUUCCGGUUACAUGCAGAGCGCGGUUGCACAUUUUGGCGCUUCAACAUUGAGGUUGAGUUGAGAGAGCAACAGCAGCGCGUCGCAUACCGCAUCAAUCGUGGUCCUGCUAUGGGCUUCUGGGUGCCAGCGCAAGGCGAAGCCAUGAACAUUAUGUUCCAUAGCUGUAAUGGGUUCAGCGCGAGUGUCAACCCGGACGAUUUCACAGGACCUGAUCCCAUGUGGAGAGAUGUGUUGAACACCCAUCAAACCAAACCCUUCCAUGUUAUGGUCGGAGGCGGUGACCAAAUCUACAACGAUUGCAUUGCCAGCGAAUCGGAGCUCUUUGACGCCUGGCUCGAUAUUCGCAACCCAGUCAAGAAGCACACAGCAUCAUUCACCCCCGAACUACAAGACCAGCUUGAAGAGUGCUACCUCGAGCGGUAUUGCAUGUGGUUUUCGCAGGGCUUGUUCGGUUUGGCAACGUCACAAAUCCCUAUGGUCAACAUGUAUGACGAUCAUGAUGUCUAUGAUGGAUAUGGGUCAUACCCUCACCAUGACAUGAAGUCACCGGUGAUGAGUGGCCUAGGAUCCGUUGCUUUCAAGUAUUACAUGCUCUUCCAGCAUCAAAGCGUCAUGACAGAAACCGAGAGUACAGAGCCAAGUUGGAUUAUGGGAAUCAAUCCAGGUCCUUACAUCAAGGAGCUUAGCCACAGCGUCUUUGUCUCCUUGGGCGGGAAAGUGGCACUACUAGCGGUUGAUACCCGUACAGAGCGUACCGAAGACACCGUUGUCGAUGAUAAAACGUGGGAAAAGAUUACCAAUCGACUCUACUCGGAAGUUCGGCUGGGCCAAAUCGACCAUUUGCUCGUCGUUAUGGGAGUUCCUAUCGCUUACCCACGACUUGUCUGGCUUGAGAAUAUCCUAACCUCACGUCUACUGGAUCCUGUCAAAGCUCUGGGCAAGGCAGGCAUGCUGGGCAAUGUUUUGAAUCACAUUGACGGAGGAGUUGAGAUUUUAGACGAUCUCAACGACCAUUGGACGGCUAAGAACCACAAGCACGAACGAAGUAUCAUUAUGGAAGAUUUGCAGGAUCUUGCCAUGGACAAAUCUGUUCGCAUUACACUACUCAGUGGUGAUGUGCAUCUGGCUGCCGUUGGCCAAUUCUACUCGAAUCCACAGCUUGGGCUUGUCAAGCAUAAGGACCCGAGAUAUAUGCCAAAUAUUAUAUCGUCGGCCAUUGUCAACACACCACCGCCCGACUUGAUGGCAGAUGUAUUGAAUAAACGAAACAAGGUCCAUCAUUUUGAUCGCCACACGGACGAAAACAUGAUUCCCAUGUUCCAUCAUGGCGUUGAUGGGAAGCCAAGGAACAAUAAGCACUUGCUCCCUCAUCGAAACUGGUGUUCGAUCCGAGUCUGGUCACCCGGUGAUACGCCUCCACCGACACCCCCAGAUUCGUCAUCGAGAAGCUCAAGCCCCUCUCCUUCGUCGCAGGGUGGGGGUCUUUUUAGACGGUUCUCACAGAAGAAACAAGGAUCACAAGGUUUUGAUAUGUCGAGAGAAUCUGUCCGUGGCCCAAGGCCUCCAAUUUCUGGUGGUGGUGGUCUUUUCCGACGCUUCUCUCGCAAGAAUUCGACUAGCCAAGGACACGAGCAGCAACCCACUCUGACUAGGACAAUGUCGUUAGGCAGCUCGUCUGGUUCGAAACGCGGCCUCUUUGGACUUGGUCGCCGAGCUAGCGAGAGUCAUUCUGUCGAGCCAAGCGGAUAUACCCGAAACGGCCACGAUCAAUUCCCAACCAAUGGAAGCGUCAAUGACGAAUACACGGAGGGCGAUGACGCAUAUUUCAGCCCUACACCCCCUCGACGAUCACAGACUCUGGGUAGUCUUCCGCCUCACCAGCAAGAUCCCAUGACCAAGCCAUUCCACCGAACACCGACUGGAUUAACAGCCAAGCAGCUUCGCAAGCCGCAGAAUUCACAAGUAGAUGUGGAAGGCGGCCUUGACAUCUGCCUCAAUGUCGAAGUAAACCCGAAGGACCCUACGGGUAUCACAGUUCCCUAUAGAUUGCUUGUCCCGCGAUUGCAGUACACUUAUCAAGAGGGAGACGAGACGCUUCCUGAACCACAGCCGAGCGGCAUUAAAAGAUUCCUCAGCUUUAAGAAGAAGAAGACCGAGCCUGCUCCUCCUCCUCCAGCAUCUGAAUACACGGCAGGCGACGAAGAGGAUACGGAUGAUGGACGCCACAAUAUGAUUUAGUUAGGAUGUUCUUGUAUAAAAGCAGGGAUAGUCUGGGCUAUUUUUGGAGGCGGGUGUAACUACCAUUUUUUUGGUUAAUCCCACGAACAUAAUUGUAACAAUUAGUAUUAUUAUCAGCCCUAGAAGAACAUAAAUAGACCAGUAACUCUACUUGAUUUAUUAUUCCAACUCAUUGUGCCAAAAUACACGUACAUCUUCUGUGGCCAGCGCUU